ACUCAAUGACAUUAACUCUUCCGGAGGAGAUUGUUUACAUUUUUCAUCCCUUUUGCAGAAAUGUAUAAGAAACCAUUUCCCCUACAAUGUGACUGAGGUGUAGCCAACUGAUUGGGAGGCAUCUACAGUAGACUAUCAAGAUGUAUUCUGAGUGGGCCUCGCUUCAGGAGGAGAUCCAGUGUGACAAGGGCAACCAGUCUGUGCUCCACAAGUUCCCGGCUCAAGUAGGGCGAGAUGUGGCCUGCAGUGUGGUCCGCCAUAUAUCAGGGAACCUCAGCAUCGCUGCUGCCAACGAUGAACCCAGCAGUCUGCAGGAUGACAAGGACAUCAAGUGGACCAUGGAGGUUCUGUGCUAUGGCCUGGGUCUGCCUCUCAAUGAACAUGACACCAUCAAUGACUGUGUGAAGGUGUAUUGUGAGUGGCUCACUGCACUGAUUGUACCCCGACCCUGCGUGCCACGCCCCAUCGUUGAUGACCCCAACCCCUACGCACAGGACAUGCUACAUCAUCUACUGAAUCUCUUCAAGCCACGGCCAGCAGCUGGUGUUGACUUAGUCAAGAGACAGGCCCUGCUGUGUCACCGGGUGCUCCGGGCAAUCGAGGGCGUGGCCAAGGAGUCCAACAUCCUGACCCGUGCCACCUGGGAGGCCUUGCUGAAGUUCCUGCUGGCCGCCAAUGACAGCCUGUUGUCUCCUCCCACAGAGAAAGACGACACAGGACUUAGUUCAUAUGAUAUCGGGGAUCACCUGUGUGAGAGGGUACUCAGUGUGCUGUUUGGGAUCUGGAUGCUGGCAUGUUCCAAGUGCUUCCCGUCUCCGUCGCUGUGGAAGACAUUUCGCAACAUGUGCCAGUUCUGGCGCCACCAUGAAGCCUUGGUGAUACAGUGGCACAAGAUCAACCACGCCCUCACCUCCAGGAUCAUACGGAUGAUGUAUGGCCCUGACUACCCGGAGCUGCUUGUUGGCGAGGAGGAUAGCCAGGUUAUCCCGCCCGACACUAGCAACGAAUGCAUCACACAGAGCUGGUUCCGCUUCCUGCACAUCAUCCAGAACCCCGUCGACCUGUGUCGCCCAAACAUCAUCAGCAACACACAGCGCUUCCUUCAGUAUGCUCUGGCCAGUGAGGCAGUCAUCGAUCCUAGUCAUCACGAGUGUCUGCUAAAGCUUCCUAUCAUCUUCUUCAAGGCAAUGAGAGGCAUCUCUGUCAUGGUCAAUGCUUUCUUAGGUGUUCCUCAGUCUGUGAAGGAGGAGAACCUGAUGGCGGCUGGACUGAUCAUCUCCACGGCACUGUCUGCCAGCCCCUCCACACCCCCAGGGCAGCGCAAGACCAACAAGCCCAACCUACCCAUGUCUGUCCUGACCGGCACCCUCACCAGCAAAGGGUCAAGCAAGGGCUCCCAGAAUGCAAUACCCAAGACGGCCACCCCUCCAGUCAGCAGUAGCAUGGGUAGACUCUCCUUGGGGAGUCGCUUUCCGUUUGCUCCAACACGUCCCUCAUGUAACAGUGUGCUGCACCUGUUUGGAGCUUGGUUAUUUGAUGCUUCACUUGCAGGGGUAAAGCUCCAUGCAGCGCAUGCUACCAAACAUAAAAACCAGCGUCGUACCAGUUCCUUCAUCGAGUCGAAGCACAGUUCUACAUCAGCUGAUCCCUCCGACACAUCGCUGACCAGUGACAACACGUACGAAGCAGGCCGCGCGGAGGCUUGCGGUGCCCUCUGUAGGAUAUUCUGUGCUCACAAAACAAGGGAGGAUAUCCUGCCCGUCUACUAUUCUAGGUUCUAUCUCAUCAUGUACUAUGGCCUGCAGACAGAGGAGGGUUUGAUCAGUGGUCAAGUGUUGUCCAACAUCCUGUUCAACUCCUGCGACCUGCUGCGGGUCGACCUGGCAGGGGUACAGAUCCUGGUGCCGUACAUCCUCAAUGCCCUGGAACUGGUCCUGACAAAGACACAGCCAGACUUCAAACUGUGUGAGCAGAUUCCUUAUGUGGAACUGAGGAAAGCAUGCGUCCAUCUGCUGCUGUCCAUGCUGUGUCUGCCUCUCCACUUCAAGGACCUGGAGAUCAAAGACAUCCUGUCCAGCCCUGAGACGCCCGACCACUGCCUGUCCUUUAUCUCACUCAAGACGCGCAUCUUUGACCUCCUGCAGAAGGCCCUGUUCAACGAGACAGACUCCGGCAACACGCAGAUGCUACUGGGGGGCCUGAUGCUGGUGGUGCAGGACCUGGCUACGUGCGAGGAGGCAGAGCAGCUGACGCUGCAGCCCCAGCAAGACGUCUCCGAUGGAGAUGUACAGGCUGACAUGAGCCAGACCAGCACCAGUACAUCCUCAGGGGAGUCCAGUUACCACGAUGCCUCCUACCACAGACUCCAGUCUCAGCCCAGGGAUCUUGACACAGCAUAUGGACUUUUCGGCCAUGCAACCUCCCUCGUCUGCACUCGACUCAUGGCCUCUUGGAAGUCUGAACUCAACACAGCACUAGCAGCAAUGGAACUCCUUGCAGGGUUGGCCAAGGUCUGCAUCAAGCCGCCCAAUGCUAUGAUGUGCAAGAGAACAGUCAAGUGGAUUUGUGAUUUCAUUGUCUUCCAGUGUAGCAGACCAGCUCCGUCUCAUUCAAGAGAUCUCCAUUCGAUGAUUGUUGCUGCGUUUAAAUGUCUGCAGCUGUGGCUUGUGGAACACAGCAGCCUGCUGUAUGACAAGGAAUGUCUGCACAAUGUCCUGGAGGUUGUGGAAUUGGGAAUAUCAGGCUCCAAGUCACAGAGCAAGUCAGCCGAUUCUCUGUAUCUUAAGGUUAAGGUUGAGAAGGAUACUAAGUCUCUGCCUGCGACCAAGAACAGAGCCAGUGACCCACCCAAAUUCAAGGGAGAUAAGCAGCUGAUGCCAGCAUCAAUGAGGGUCAAGGAUGCGGCUGAGGCUGUUCUAACCUGUAUUAUAGACCAGGUGGGGGCGUUCCCUCCUCCGUGUGGACCUGAGUCCCUCUUCUCACUGCUGGAUGAGAGAUCCCUGCUCAAGUACGCCAAGGGGAGUGCUCUACCAGAACAUGGCUCCCCUUUCAGAUACUUUGCCAUUGACAACUCCAUCAUCAUCGGUCUGCUGGAACAGCCUCUGGGUAAUGUAGAAGAUCCUCUUCCUAUGGUAACAUCUUUAAUCAGAGGACCAUUUGGGCGCCAUGCGUGGACGAUGCAGCUGCGACAUUCGCCCAGGGCACAGAAGAUUUCUUCUCAAGCCCACCUGUCUGAUCCCGGCCGGCCUAUCCCCAACGGCGAUGUCGGCAUCCACCACAACGUUCAGCACCGAUACUUCCCCGAGAGCGUGGAUAGGAUCCCUCUCACACUGGCGGACAAGAGUAUACCCCCCAUGGAAUGUCUGGUAACGGAUAGCAACAAGGAGGAACUAGAUCACUUGAAGACACUCAUAGAACAGCAGAUUGUUUUCGAGGGAGAUGUCAGCAACCAGGCCAAGAUAGCAAGGGAGAAAACUCCAUUCCCAGAUCCACAGACAGAAUGCAAACCCCCAAGGAUCAGCCAUGACUACCAGACAGCACGCCUCUUCCUGUCUCACUAUGGCUUCCUGUCACUGGAGGCACUCAAGGAACCCUCCAACAGCAGUGUACCACCAGCCCUGGUCAAGCUGGACAACUCGUCCGGUGGUCUGUGUGCUGACCUAGAGGCUCUGGACGGUGUGCCCAGCCGAGACAACGACACUGUGCACAUUUUCUAUGCCAAACCUGGACAGAAGACACCACAAGAAAUACUCAGCAAUGUGACCACUCAGUCCCGUGUUCAGCCCCAGUUCCUGGAGUUCCUGCACUCACUGGGAUGGCCGGUGGAUGUGCGGCGACACGCGGGCUGGACCGGACACAUCUCAACCAGCUGGAGGAUCAUGGAGACCGAGGACUUUGAUGAUGAUGACUACCAGACCGGUACAGGCGGCAGUGUGUACGAUGGGAGGCAGCAGGUGCUGUACUGGGCUGAUGUAUCUUCAGAAAUGGCCUUCGUUGUGCCAUCCCCGGAGACGUUCAAGCUGAGGCUACUUAGUGUGGUCAGCGACACAGAUAAAUCUCCAACCAGUGACCGCUUCUCCAUGAAUGAGCCUCACAUCCAGCUGACAAAGCCAAAGUCACUCGGUCUGGAGGCAGAGAAGGGAGGUCGACAGGAUCGCGAGAGUCCGGGGUCGCCACCAGAGGCUGCUGUUGCUAGUGGUAACCAGGCACGGAUACGGAGACUUGGAAGACAGCCUACCUCCAUGUUUGGUCCUGAUACUAAAGUGUUCGCUGUUUGGUUAGAGAACUUUGAAGACCAUGAGAACUUCCCUACAGGGGACCUGUUGAGUGUGGCCAGUACAGGACAGGACCAACAGUGCAGCUCCAGCUCGUCCUCUGUACAGAAGGUCCCAGAGAAGGACAUCUUUGUCCUCUUCAUACACGCACUGCAGAACGGCUUGUUUCGCAUCCACCUCCAGCUGCAGGACAAGGGCCACACCAAGAUGUCGAUGGCCAUCCCGCUGGUGGACGGAAUGUUGGUGAGUCGACGCACACUAGGAACACUGGUCAGACAGACAGCCAUCAACAUUUGCCGCAGGAAGAGACUGGAGAGUGAAUCGUACCAGCCACCCCACGUGAGACGCAAGCUGAAGAUACAGGAGGUGGUGAACAAGUAUCGGAGCAGCUUGACAGAGGCUGAGUUCUACACAACUCUCUUCCAGGAUAUGCCCAAGUGAACACAUCACGUCACGAUCAACCCACCCUAGUGACAGUCUUUGUAUUGAAGUUAUUUCUCCUUAGAAUAAUCUUUCAAUCACAGUUUUCAUAUUUAUUGCAAAGACUAUAUACACCAACAGAAAGUGAAGCCAACAGAUAUUGCUGUUGAGUUGUCGAACUGUUAAGGAGUGACCAAAGCAUAGCAGGAAGGAAGAUCAGUACUGAAGGUCUUGACACUCACCGGCAUCUUGCAUCUUGUAUCUGUGUUUAUGGCUGUAGUGCAGCCAAUGGUGUAGUUCAGUGUCAGAUGUCACACCAAUGAAUGGGUAUGGUCAGCAAAACACUGGAUACAAGCUGGUAAAUCAUCUAGACUUUUCACGGUGUAUGAAUAUUUUUCAUGACAAGUAUCAUAUUUUUGUCAGUCCCAGAUUUGAAAAAGAAUAUGUGAUGACAUGAAUGUCAAGUUUAUUAUACAAUGAAUAUGAUUAAUGUUAUUAAUAAUUACACUAUAUGUUCACAUGCAAUUUCUAAGCAUCCAAUACUCAAUAUCAUCUCCAAAUCUGAAAACACAUAAUGCUUAAUUACCUCCUAGUAUAUUGUGACUGUCUGUCUUGUAUCCCUGGUGCUGUGUAAGAUGCCAGUGUCUGUAUGUAUGCGGCUGAGUACAUGGUACACCCCUUGCUUUACCAUCACAAACUGGCUUCCACAAGCGAUAUCACAUGGGUGAGAUCAAGCAAUAUCUUCUAGGAGUUAUUACUACCAUAAAAUUGCAUCACAAUGCCUUGCAGACCAUUAUGAUGUCAUCGGUUUCCAUGUCACCAUCAGAUGACAUCACUAAUGUCUCUGCCUCUGAAGCUGGUAGCAGUACAUUUUACAAUCAAGACACUUGUUAUUACUGUUUGCAGAUAAGUUGGAAGAAUGGUUUGGGGUGAUGAAUAGAAUCUCAUCUUGUAUCAGUUGAUGUCAAACACUCAUCAUCAUGCAUCAAAGUUUUAUACUUUUAUUGACUCGUGUCGAUGAAUUGAUGUAGAAAGGCACACGAAUGAGAUUCUCUCUAUAUUGUGCCGUGUAAGAUACAGUUAGUAUGGGUAUGCUCAUGCUGUCAAAGUUGGCCCAAAUUUAAUACCAUUCUGUGAACUUCCUUGGAUGUUUUUAAUGGACAUUCAUUAUGACAGAGAAUUUGCCAAACAUCAUAAGCAAGUUGGAUCUCAAGUGACUCAGUCACUUAUCACUAUUGGCAAGAUUAUAAUCAAAUAUCCUAAAAAGCCUGAGUUAGCAAAGACCAAAAUGUCAUUUGAACAUGGCAGCAACUAAUAAAUACAUAGUCUUUGCUACUUAAUUUGCAAUGGGACGUGUGUUUGUCACUAUGCUUGUACCAUUCAAGGGAGAUAACUUUAUUCUCCUCUAUGUUUCUUUGUUUAGAACACUUUAUGGAACGAGGAGAUACAGUUUCUGCUGAUACCCUGCUUCAAGUACAGUUAUCCUUGAUUGCAAAUGCAGUUGUUGGUCUUGACAAUACCUGCCCCCCAUUCUCUGAUAUGGACCAGUAUUUUACCAUACAGUUGAUGUAAACACUGGCACAUCUAUACAGUGUAUCUAUGUUCAUACUUAAUGGACCAGUAUUUACCAUACAGAAGUUGUAUAUACUGGCACAUUAUAACAGUGUAUCUAUGUUCAUACUUAAUGGACCAGUAUUUACCAUACAGAUGUUGUAUAUACUGGCACAUUAUAACAGUGUAUCUAUGUUCAUACUUAAUGGACCAGUAUUUACCAUACAGAUGUUGUAUAUACUGGCACAUUAUAACAGUGUAUCUAUGUUCAUACUUAAUGUCUUUGUUAUGCAAUAGGGCACGUGCUUUAUGGGAGAUGUGCAGUAUAUGGUUAAUAUUGUUGAUCUAAUUUGUUUUGUUUUUAUGUUUGCAAAUGAAACCUUACCAGUCUGACAGGUAUGUGGCCAGGAGGCUGAAGGGUAUAGUUCAGGUGUUCAUUUGAUACUGAACAGUGGACGGUAGGUCCUUGUCCUAGUGGCUGAAUGGUGUGGGGUCUCUACUGUGGGGGCAUACAUGCAAGGAUGUCUGGUCUCUACAGAACAGUGGAUGGCAGCUCCUUGUCCUAGUGGCUGAAUGGUGUGGGGUCUCUACUGUGGGGGCAUACAUACAAGGAUGUCUGGUCUCUACUGAACAGUGGAUGGCAGCUCCUUGUCCUAGUGGCUGAAUGGUGUGGGGUCUCUACUGUGGGGGCGUACAUGCAAGGAUGUCUGGUCUCUACUGAACAGUGGAUGGCAGCUCCUUGACCUAGUGGCUGAAUGGUGUGGGGUCUCUACUGUGGGGGCGUACAUGCAAGGAUGUCUGGUCUCUACAGAACAGUGGAUGGCAGCUCCUUGACCUAGUGGCUGAAUGGUGUGGGGUCUCUACUGUGGGGGCGUACAUGCAAGGAUGUCUGGUCUCUACUGAACAGUGGAUGGCAGCUCCUUGACCUAGUGGCUGAAUGGUGUGGGGAGCUGAUGGUCUGUCAGGGUUGGGCCACACAUCACUAGGAACUGAUGUCACUGUUACAUUGAUGACUGUCUUCAGUGUACAAAUAUCUUGAAGCUGCUCUUUUUCCCAGAUGUGCUACAUAUAUAUGUAGGGUGAGAUGGAAAGGGGAAUGGUGACCAUUAGCUUCUCCUCAGGGAGAUGAGAAUACAACAUGAUGCACCUGAACCAUUGACUAGGAUAAUACUGUCCUCUGUUGUAUAGAGUCUGUUGCUAUAAAAGUAACACCUGAUCUUAAAGGGCAGUGGUAUAACGUUAUACCAAGGAAUUCUGUCCGUCCUUCCGAGGAAUUUUUUUGCGUGUGACCUAUUACUUGAAAACUACUGCAUAGAUUCUUCUCAAACUUGGUGAACACUUUUAUACUAAUAGGAGAGGUGCAGUGCAAAGUUUGAUUUUGAUAAAUGGAUUUUCUGAGAAAAUAUUGCUUUUUUCAUGUUUUGAAAUUAGAAAUAUGUUGGAGUCAAAGAUGGGGGUAUUAGUGAGACCUGCUCAUUUUUUGCCUUUAUAUUUUUAUGUUGUUUUGGUUAUUAUUACAGUCAAACCUUGCCAUGUUGAAAUUCGCGGGUAUCUGUGGAAAAGUUCAAGUUAUCUGGAGUUCGAGGCAACCAACAAGGUGAAUUUUCAAAAACCAAACAUCAUGUUAUAAGAGAUUAUUACACGUAAUCUUGUCAUUUUUGGUUUAUGCUACAUCUCAACAUCAUUAACCACAUUGGUACAAAUAAUAAAAUACUUGUAUUACUGGUAUGCUAAUUGUUUUAAAUAGUUUAUUCAUCCAUUCAAUACUGAUUUUCUUUGACUUCUGACAAUCUAUAGCUCCAAUAAUAGAUCACAAACAUGAUCUUAUCUGUUUUACAUUUACAAACACUUCAGUAACUUCAGUAUUGGUAUGUUGUUAGAAUGCAUCCUGUUUGACGCAAUUGCAGUGAGGUCAUUGAGUUAUAUGUGGACGUUAUUUAUUUUAUUAAACUGUUGGAGUCGUCAGGGAAACUUAUGCUUAAUUUGGAUACUUGGGAUUCCGGGGCCCCUAUGAAAUUGAGAAAGCUGUCGUUAUGACUCAUCCAGUUCCAUAGAGCCGAGCAUUAAUAAUGAUAAAUAUAGAAGUAUAGAAGAUAGAAUGGCAUGGCAGGGACCGGAAGGUGAGUUUCAGACAACCAGGAAUUCGACACAUCCAAGUUCAACACAACAAGGUUUGUUUUUUAUUUAUUUAUUUAUUUAUUUAUAUAUUUAUAUAUUUAUUUAUUUAUUUAUUUAUUUAUUUAUUUAUUUAUUUAUUUAUUAUCAGGUAGAUUUAUGAAUUAAGUGUGGUUAGUUUCAAGGGAGUAUUGGUGUUAUAAAAAAAAUACACAUCCCAGAUAAAACAUGAAAAUAAAAAAUUAACUAUGUCACCAAAACAUUUUAAUAUUUUUUUUCAACAUUUUGCAACAAAUCACAACUGAUAUAUUAUUCAUGGCUCUGUAGCAAGCAUACUUAUCCUGGUGUUCUGCACUACAUCUACAUGAUGGAUGGAAGACAUCACGAUGGAAGCAUGCACAUAACAUGUAGGCUAGUCAUGCUGGGAUUACAUUGUCGGUCCAUCCCAGGAGUAAGAUGAAUUUACAUAAGCUAGAUUCCACACAGACUUUAGGGACUACUGCGCAAUAUGUGUACUUCCCAAAA